UUUCGACUGGUCACCACGACAAAUGGUAUGACGAUGGCUGACUCGAAUUACGAAAGAGUAGACGUUUUUUUCAGGGGCAAUUUUCCGAGUAAGGCCGCUGCAUUCGCAAGAAAACGACGCACAUUUUCAUUUUUGUUAUUCUGCGGAUACAGUAGUCAACGCACCAUGGUCUACAACAUUAAGUGGAUAAUACCUAAGUUGAAAAAUCCAUCAAAGUUGUGGAAUUUCGCAAGUACACUUACCUUUGCCGCAGUAGGAAUUGUUUCUAAAUUAAUUAUUCAAUGGCUGAAUAAAACAACAGUUCACAACAAACACAUAUUUGAAAAAGCAUUGAACCAGAGGCCGAGGGACGUACCGCUCAUAACAGUCUCCAAUCACGAUAGCUGCUUUGAUGAUCCUGGGAUUUGGGGUGGGUUUACGUCUAGCACGCCAGACACCUAGUUAAAAUGGGGUGUUGGAAGAUUAAUUCUUGAAUCACCGGUCACACCUAUUGUCGUGCCAAUUUACCAUGUAGGAAUGGACCAAGUAUUACCUAAUGAGCCACCUUAUAUCAUUAAAUUGUUCAAGAAGGUGACGAUUAAGUACGGAGAGCCAAUAGACUUUAGCAAAUUAUUAGCAGAAUUACGGGCAUCUAAUGCUGAUGAAGUACAAGCAAGAAAAGCCAUAACCGAUUACAUUGACGCUGAACUUCUCAGAUUAAAAAAAGAAACCGAAGAAUUACAUGUUAAGCUUUGA